UAAAAAAAAAAAAAUGUAUACACUUGUUUCGGUUUGAGUUAAGCACAUAAACAAAAAAUGUUACCAAUUAUGAAUUACUUAAAAACUAUAAGUUAUGAUCGUACUGAGAUUUUAUAAGUUUACUUCCUCUUAAAAGUAAAAGAAAAGCAAAUUAUAAUUGAGUUGGUUUUUGAGAUGGAUUGUUUGAGGAAGAACAAGAAGUUACGGGUGAUUUUAACAUUUUUACCAAAAAAAAAAAGAAGUUACGGGUGGUUGUUAAAAAACAAAGUUUGGUCCAAGAACGUGGGAGAGAGGAGAUAUUGUUAUAAGAGCUCAUCAAAUGUUGUGAUGGCAACUGGCAAGUACAAUCCAAUCAAAUUCUUCUCUGCUGAUAAAAUCUUGAAAGCCACCAAAAGUUUCAGCAAGUGUAGUCUUGUUCUUGAACCAUUUGAUCAUGAGAGAUGGUAUUCAGGUACGCUAGAUAACCAUCGCAAGAUACUCGUCACACAACCUUCUAACCCUAAAGGCUCUUUCCCCGAGGUCCGUGACAUAGCGGAUGGUGAGUGGUCACAAAAAUUUUAUGAAAUUAGUUGGAUGUUGUCUUGAGACUGAGGUUCCAGUCAUGGUUUAUUAUGUCGAAAGGAAACAGUAUUGUCGUGUAGAUCUAGAGAAGAUAGUGUCGUGGGAAAAGAGAGUGAAGAUAGCAGAGGAGAUUGCAACUGCUUUAGCUUAUCUUCACACUGCCUUCAAGGCCCUUUGUAUAUAGUAACAUGGAUAUUCGUAAUAUCUUAUUGGACAAAGAUGGUGCGGCUAAACUCGGUGAUUUCUCAAACUGUGUCUCAAUUCCACAAGGAGAAACAUAUGUCAAGCUUGGCUACGUAAGGGGGGCUUAUGAUUACAUUGAUGAUGAAUAUAUGAAUAAUGGUGUAGUCUCGGAGAAAACUGAUGCGUUUGGUUUUGGAGUUCUCAUGAAAAAGCUUUUUACACGAGAAGCAAGAUUUCGUGAGCUUUAUGGUCGGAAGAAUUGGAAAACUUUGUUAAAAAGGAAGUUUCCAAGAUGUUUGUCAAGAUCCAUUGAAGAGGGCAGAUUUGAUGAGAUCGUAGACUCAAAUAUGUUAGAGAAAAUCGGUGAAGUUGCAGAAAUAGAGCGUUUCCAAAUGGAAGCUUUCCUUGUCCUCUCAGAGAGAUGCAUCGGUCUUAGAGGAGAAGUUCCAAACAUGGUGCAAGUGGUCAAGGAGCUAAAGAGAUCUCUUCAAAACCCUUCAUCUUCUUUUGUAUUAUAAGAUCAUCAAGUUUGUUAUUGUUUCACGAAGAUUCAUUUUAUUAUAACUUUGUGCUUGUUUCACUCACUCUAGCUUUGCAAUUUCUAGUAAUGAUAACUUAGAUUUAAUAGUUUUAGCUUCAGAAGUGGAUUAUUAUUAAAGACUUAUAUGCUAUUAUAUUUAAGCUAAAGUGACUUUGAUAACAAUGAUUUGAUGAAAUUCAUAUUUGAUAUUUUUUUGAAGAUAUAUUUUUGUCUCUCUGUGUGCUUAAAACUCCCUACCUAGCUAUUUUAGCCCUCAAGAUUGGUUCACUCUCCAAAUAGCUCCAACACAUCUGCAAGUAAAAGGAUGAUAGUUACAGUUAAGAGAAAUGUAAAGAUGAAAAUUCUAUAGUCUGAUGCUGUCCAAACUGAGACCAAAAGAAAUGGAUAUGUGAACAUACUUCAGUGCAUGCAAUAAUUGAUAGAGAGACUAGUGGUUUAACACAAGAAAUUAGUUCCGUUGUGCCCAUAAUUCCGCUGGAAAGUAUGCUUUA